UUUCGAAUAUUGCCACGGAUCAAAAGAUGUAGCCUAGCCAAAGACCUAGAGCAGUACCUAUAUAUUACAAAGAGUAGUUUAAUAAUACGCUGCUAUAGUAUUAUGUUAUCUGUGGCAUAAUAUUGCUUGUAGCACAGUCUCAUAUAUAUGUAUAGAAAUGCUUAAUGAACAAUCGUGAAUGACAAUCAUAGAUGGUAAAAUAAUUAGUAAUGUAUCUAAAUUUACUCUUUGAAUUAGUGUUUAAUACUUUAUCUGUGUUAUAAACUUGUCAUUUACUCAAUGUAAACACGAGUACGCUAAUUUCGCGAUUUUUAUAUUCCUGUUUUUUUUUUUAUUGUAAUGUUUUUUCAAAAUAUGAUUUGUAGAACGUGUAACUUAAAUAAGUUAGGAGUCAAUCAAUUUAAAUAUCUACAGACUCAAAUAAGAUCAUUAAAAUAUGUUCAAGGGCAAGAACCUGAGCCAAAAAUUAGAGAAUAUUUUUACUACAUAGACCAUCAAGGUAUGUUAUUUUUAGAUGAUUCAAGAAUGAAGAAUUUUACUUCUUGUUUUAAAGAAAAGAAAUUUUUAGAAUUUUUCUUCAAAAGGAUUCGUAUAAAUAAUACAGGUAAAUAUGAAGAUGAAUUUCCUUAUAUAUCACUAUGUGGAAGAGAAAGAAAUUACAUUAGAUGUGAUGAUGUUCCAAUUGUUUUUACGCAUAUUAUAUCUAAGGAGGCUCCCAAAAUGGAAUUCUUGACAUAUGCAUAUGUGGGUGAAUCAAUGAUAUUUAAAUUUAUGCCUGAAAAAAUAUACAUGCUUCCUGAGACAGGGCGCGUCUAUCAUCCAGCUGAUGAAAAAUAUGGUGGAGUUGGUCUUAUACGAUCAAAAUUAGCAAUUGAAUUAAGUAAAAACUUUACAUUUGAAAAAGGGGACUCAUGUCCACCAACUCACUUCAAAUGGGGUAACAGAAGCUAUGAAUUAGAUCAAUUUUGGUUUAAAGAUAAGGUGAAACAGAACAAAAUAAAAAUAAGAACAGUGCCCGAGUAAUAGUUUAUAAUAAUUUAUAUACAUUAAUUCUGA